CACGAGUUCCUCGGCCUCUACACACAUUGCAAUGGCCGCUACCACUCGUCGAGAUAGUCGGAUCUGCGACUUGGCAGCCACAACAGGUAAACCCGACGGUAUGGAAGAUGACCCGAGCUACGAGUAUUUGAUAUCUGAGAUGGUUGAGGGGAUAAUAACCCAAGGGCGGAGGAGAGUCUGAGGGAGACAUAUAUCAAUCCAAUUUUUGCCAGCCCUUCCCAGCCCCAGCUCUGAGGACACCAGACCCGAGCCACUCAGUUCUUUUCUACAUCAACAUCUCUAGCUUCAAAAUCAAGUCACCGCACCGACAAAACCAAGAUGAAACUCAUUGCCGUCUUGUCCGCCUUCCUCCUCCCGAUCUCCGUCCUCGCGCGAAUUGGCGGUCCAUGCUCCGGUUCCCACCACAACAACCGAUGCAUCUGCCUCGACAGAAACGAGUGCGUGAACCGAUACGGUGGCCGCGCCUUCGAGGGCACGCCUGGCAACUACCCAUGCCCCAGCGACCCGGGUAACGUCUGGGGCUGCACUGUCUACGACAGGUGCCCUGGGUACGGCGGAGAUACUGGCUGCGUCUGGACCAACAUCGCGCCUGGUUGCCCUUCUGGCAGAAUCAUUCAAGACCCUGUGUGCCCUGGUCCAAACGAGUUCGUCUGCUGUGAUGUUAUUUGAGUCGUGACGGGGCGGUGACCAAUGAGAGUCCUGCAGUGAAUCUCAAGAGGUCGAGUUAUGACGGGAUAUGGUAAAGAAUGGACCUGUUACCGGGUUUACUCAUUCCACUAUUGUCAGUUGGUACCGAAUAUGAAUGAGCUCCAGCUCCCAAAUGCUAUUUGAUUCAAAAC